GGACUCUGAGCCGAUGGAAAAAUCCAAAAAUUUCCGUAUUGACGCCCUCCUCGCCGUCGAUCCUCCCAAACCUCCGACUCGCUCGCCUCCGGUCCCCCCCCCCUCGCCCUGCUCCGGGAGCCCUCCAGUCGCCAACAACCCCGACUGCCUCCGGACCGAGAGCCCGUCUCCCCCGAGGUUCGCUCUGGGCAACUUGGUGCCCAAACCCGGCUUCCUGAGCCUGCACCACCAUCCCGGGAUAGCCAGUCUCCAUCCGCACGGAGCCAUCCCCGCUUCGGCUCUCUAUGGGCACCCGGUUUACACCUACUCGGCGGCGGCCUUGGGGGGUCAGUCUAACAUGUUGCCCUAUUCCUACCCUCACAUCUCGGGGAACCAUUGCUCCGAACCCCUCAAAGUCAACGCCGGGACUUUCCAGAUCGACCAGUGGCUGCGCGCAUCGACGGCUGGAAUGAUGUUACCGAAAAUACCCGAUUUUAAUGCACAAACACAGCCCAACAUGUUGGGCAAAUGUCGGAGGCCGAGGACAGCUUUCACCAGUCAACAGCUGCUCGAGUUGGAGCAUCAGUUUAAGCUCAACAAGUACCUGUCCAGACCCAAGAGGUUUGAGGUGGCCACGUCCCUGAUGCUGACAGAGACACAGGUAAAAAUAUGGUUUCAAAACAGACGGAUGAAGUGGAAACGGAGCAAAAAGGCCAAAGAACAGGCGGUGCAGGAGACCGAGAGACACAGAGGGAAGAACAGAGAGGAGAGGGACAAACCCGGGGAUCGCCACCAGAUUCCCGACACCGGGAAAACAGAUCACAGCCAUCGCUCCUGUGUGAGAGACAUUGUGGAGAGCGGCGACGAGGAGGAGGAGGAGGAGGAGGAGAGAGACCAUCUGAUAUGUCGGUCCUCAGACUGUUCUUCCGAAGACGAAGGCAGUCAAACACCACAGACUGCAGCCGCGACAACCAAAUAG